UGCUGAUCCCAUAGAAUUACUUUGUAGUGUUAUUCUUUUUUGUGCAUACGGAGGAGUAUUGUUAUUUGUAUAUGUAGUAUUUACUCAACGAGAAACACUUGGUGUUCCAUCUUCGCUUUAUUGUUCCGACUAUAAUUUGGGUGAGAUGGAACACGAAGGUUACACUUUAGAUGGCACAGUGAAUCUUACUGGACGGCCUGUGCUUUCUUCUACAACUGGGAAACGGAAAGCUUGCAUUUUCAUUCUUGCUUAUCAAGCAUUUGAAAGAUUUGCUUACUUUGGGGUAAGUGCGAAUUUGGUGAUUUAUAUGACAUCGGAGCUCCACAAAGACUUGGUAUCAGCAGUAACCAGUGUGAAUAACUGGUCAGGCACAGCAUGGAUAACUCCAAUAGUUGGGGCUUGCAUAGGAGAUUCCUACUUGGGCCGAUUUUGGACAAUCACUUUUGCGUUGCUCGUAUAUGCCAUUGGAAUGGGGCUCCUGGUUCUUACUACAUCACUGAAGUGCUUCAGACCAACGUGGACAGAUGGAAUUUUCAAAGAAGCAUCAACCAUACGACUAACAUUUUUCUAUUUAUCAAUAUACACCAUUGCCAUUGGCAGUGGCGUGCUGAAGCCCAACAUUUCAACUUUUGGUGCUGACCAGUUUGAUGACUUUAGCCCCAAAGAAAAAGUGCUAAAAGUUUCAUUCUUCAACUGGUGGUCGUUUGUCACUGCAUGUGGCACUUUAACAGCCACACUGUUUGUUGUGUACAUUCAAGAGACGUUUGGGUGGGGAUUGGGGUAUGGAAUAUCAGCAAUUGGUUUUCUAGUUGCCACUGUUACAUUCUUGAUGGGUGUCCCAAUAUAUAGGCAUAAAUCUAGAAAGGGAAAGAGCCAUCCAAAGGAGUUUUUCCGAGUCCCAGUUGUUGCUUUCAGAAAUAGAAAGCUUCAGCUUCCUAGUAGCCCUUUGGAACUGCAUGAGUGUGAGAUGGAACAUUACAUUGAUAGUGGAAGACGACAGAUUUAUCACACUCCUCGUUUCAGGUUCUUAGACAAGGCUGCUAUAAAAGAAAGCAGAAUAGAUGCCUCAAAUCCCCCAUGCACAGUGACUCAAGUAGAGACAAACAAGCUUAUCUUAGGGAUGCUUGGGAUAUGGCUACUAAUUAUAAUUCCAAGCAACUUCUGGGCAGUGGAAGUAACCGUGUUUGUCAAGCAAGGCACAACAAUGGAAAGGAACCUGGGCCAGAACUUCCAUAUACCAGCAGCCUCCCUAUGGAGUUUUGUGGUGGUCACCAUUCUCAUUUGUCUCCCCAUUUACGACCGUUACUUCGUACCAUUCAUGCGUCGAAGAACCGGCCUUCCUAGAGGAGUCAAAAUGCUUCACAGGAUUGCCAUUGGAGUAUCCAUCCAAAUCAUGGCAGCUGCAGUCAUGUAUGCUGUGGAAAUUCGAAGAAUGAAAGUCAUAAGGGAGAAACACAUAACUGGUGCAGAAGAAGUAGUUCCUAUGAGCAUAUUUUGGGUUUUGCCUCAACAUGUUAUACUUGGUCUUGCAAACACAUUCCUUAUGGCUGGAUUGCUAGAAUUCUUCUAUGAUCAAUCCCCAGAAGAAAUGAAAGUCCUUGGCACAGCCUUCUACACCAGCACCAUAGCUGCUGGGAAAUACUCCAAUAGUUUACUAGUUUCUAUGAUAGAUAAAUUUUCAAGGAAGGUGAGUGGUAAGAGCUGGCUUGGUAACAAUCUGAAUGACUGCCACCUUGAUUACUAUUAUGCUCUUCUUUUUGUGAUAUCUGCGCUUAAUUUUGCGGUCUUUCUGUGGGUGCAAAGGGGAUACAUUUACAAGAAAGAAAAUACAACAGAGGUGAAUGUGUUUGAGAUUGUGGGAGCAGAGCAGACAGAACCACAGGUAGGAAAAGCUUGAACAUUAUUAGAAUUUGACACAUAUAAGUAUCAUAGCAGACAUGGCAAAAAUGGAAAUGCUAGAUGUAAUUCUGUUACUAUAUAUAAUUCAUUUGCUGUUAUUUAGUAAUAAUGCCUGAAAGGCUGAAACUGUUACUGCAAUUACUAUGCUGAAAUUUAUGAACAACAUCUCCGGCUAUGUAUGUGCUUGUUUGCACACGUGUGGCGUCUCAAACAUUCCCAACAUGUUAUAUAUAUUUUGGUUAAU